AGAGAGGGGUAGCGAGUGAGAAAGAAAGCGUUAGAAACUUCGUUCCCCUCUCUCUAAAACUCGAAUACAUUUUAUACACAACCGAAAGAACAGCUCUCCCUUCGUCUCUCCCCAAAACUACACGCAUUUUUGCUUCCCCACGUUCAGCGCUCAAGCUCUUUCACUGAAGUGCGGGUCCUCGUGCGGGUUCUUACUGGUGGUGGACUGAGUUAUCACUAUGCCUUUACUGAAAAGAAAGCCUUUUUCCUUGGCAGAACCGCCUAAGGAUUUGGAGCCUAAUGAGCUUGUUUAUCAAGUUCGUUUUACGAAAGAGAUAUUUAGGGAUUAUCAGGACUAUUUGAACCAUAUAAACCUGUAUCGCCGAAGAGUUUGGGUUUGUAAAGUCACUGGGAAAACUAGCUUGACUUAUGAGGAGGCUUUGGUGUCAGAAAAGAAGGCAGUAGAAAAGGUCCAACAGUUCCCCAAAGAGCUUAUGGCUCCUGCAUUGCAUGUCAUUCAGUACAGUAUGCUUUCACUGAAAGAUCUUGCCGAUACAAUAGCUGAAAAGUUGCAGAAACGCUUGUUUGUUGGUGCUGAAUUGUAUGGAAGGAAGGAAAAUGGUUUAUUUCCCUGCAAAAUAUUGAAAGUUCUGGAGGAAGCUCCUGAAAGAAUCCUAUAUGAGGUGGCAUGGCUUGACAAAAAUAAGAAAGUUAUGGAAAGUUCUUCCGUAAAUGGAGAAGAUUUAUUACAGAGGAAGUUGCCCUUUAGUAGAGCUGUUUUGAAGUCUUUUAUUCGGGAAUCUACAUGCCGAAGUGCUCCUUGGGUCCUUCAUGAUAAACUGGCACGACGUCAUGGAAUUUCAACUGAUCUUCCGGAGGAGUUAAGGAGCCAAGUUUUCUUUAAGGAUGGACAAGUAGUCUGCUAUAAGAAACGAAGGAAAAAUGAGGAAGAUAGAAAGAGUGGCAUGGAAAUGAAAAAAGAAUCUGGAGAAAAUAAAAGGAGGCGAUUUGAUGGAACAGUCAUGAAGACUAAGAAAGAAGAUGAUCAACCAGUGGAAGAGCCUAUCAAAUAUCCAAUUGAUGACCUGUUAGUGCAGCCUGGUCCAGAUGAUCCAGUUUUCACUGACCAUCCUUCUCCGUCAAGGGACUUCAAUGUUCCAAUGGAUUGUGUUGGGAAUCUUCUAAUGGUUUGGGAUUUUUGUUCAUCAUUUAGUGGGCUGUUGCACUUGUGGCCAUUCUCCCUUGAAGAUUUUGAAAAUGCUAUCUGCCACAAGGAUGGCAGUCCAGUUCUCCUUGUGGAAUCUCAUUCAGCUCUUCUUCGAUUGCUCAUAAAAGACGAUGGCGAAUAUCUAUUGGCUGUACAGAAAAGAAAUCGAAAAUUAAAGAUUACAAUGAUCAAUUGGACAGAGUAUUUAUGCGAUUUUUUGGAAAUGACAAAACUUCCUGAGUUAUGCACUUGCAUGGCAACUAUUAAGAGGGGUCAUUAUGGUCUUUUGGAUGCUCAUGCUAAAUUGGGAAUCUUACGAGAAUUGGUUGAUCAAGUGCUUCAAGCAGAUAUUUUUAAGGAGAAGUUGGAUGAGGUUAUCGAACAGCGGCAGGAACUUGGCGCCACAAGAAGGGGGGAAGCAUUAGAAGAAGCCAGAAAGAAAAGAGAGGAGAAGGAACAGUUGAAGGCUGAGUUUGGUGCCAAUGGGGCAACUGAUCAACAGUGUGUGGAGAGCAAAGGUGUAGCAGCAAAUGAUAAGCACAGUAAACAGAAUGGUCACGCGGAAAAGAGAAGAAAUGGGGAGGUCCUAUCUUCUCACCAGGGCAAGGCAUCAAGGAAUUGUGAGAGCAAGCUUAUGAUCACCACAUCAAAGAAGAAGGCCAAAAGGGAGAAUUCGGAUGUGGACCUCCCAUCAGAUAAGGGCAAAGAUUCAUCUAGGAAGGAAGGGUUGGAAAUUUUGAAGGAUGAUAAAAGGGAAGCAACUAAGAAAAGGAGUAAAGAACAAAGGAAAGAGUAUUAUGAACGGGAGAUGGAGAAACGAGUGAUACGCACCAACCCCUUGGGCAGAGACAGAUUUUAUAACAGGUAUUGGUGGUUUCGACGUGAUGGGAGGAUAUUUUUUGAGAGUUCUGACUCCAAGGAGUGGGGAUACUACAGUAGCAAGGAAGAGCUGGAUGCCUUGAUGGGUUCACUGAAUAUCAAGGGUGAGAGGGAGAGGGAACUGAAGAAACAUCUGGAAAAAUUCUUUAGCAGAAUAUGUGCGGAGCUCCAAAAGAGAUCAAAGGACAUGGCUCACAAGAUUGCAUUGGAGGAGGCUGUGCUUCGAAGAUCUACUCGUGUACGAGCUCCGCCUAGACAAAAUCCUGCUAAAUCUUUCCUCAGGUAUGUCAACAAGUGGAAGGAAGACUAAUUGGGCUAGUGUUCUUUCUGUAUUGGGGAUUAUGUUCCAUUCAUUUAGUGUAGGUCUUAUACUUAAAAUUAUAGCUCAUCGUAGGAUAGGAUUUAUUUUUGAUGAAUCAGACCGCAUGCUCAUAAAUUUCUUCAGCGAGAAUUUGUUAGUAGAGGGUCCAGUGAGUGGUGGCGUAGGGUCAUGGGAAUGAAAAUGGAUGGAGAAGUUUUUCUUAACUCAUUCCUUUUUGUAGACAAGCACGUGAUUAUGCUUGACCCACAAAUUUUGAAGUGGCGAAUGUUACUAGAUCAUGGUUACUCA